GCUAUCUCUUUUCAAGCACGUCGAAAACUAGCGACGACUGACUAAAUCUCUGCCCUUUCGUUGGACAGAAAACGAAAAGUAAUUUAUGUCUAAAACAAUACGGACGGUUUACAAUAGUGGUUGCGUCCCGUGUUUACAUCAUCGAGGAAGUUGCGAUACGAAUCUAUGUACCUUGCGAUUUGUCGCGAUCGUCUUUAGAUAGCGAGCUUCCGGUACGUUAGGGUACUCGUUCGCGCGUAAGUAAAUCAAGGUUCGGUUUAUUUUGUUACUUUUUAUAUCGCGAAAGUGUGUUUUUCUUUUCGAAACAAAUUAGAGUAACAACAGUAACAAUAAAACACCCAAGGAAUAAUACGGAAAACUUAAUUAGGCAAAUGCUGUGAUCUAUUGUACGCGGUACCUAUCGCAUAACAAAACGUUUCUUGAAACAAUAGGUUCUAUAGAAAACACCGAGCGACAGUCGACAACAGCUUAUAAAGUAGCAGCGAAGACGUAAGCGAACGAAGUCGUUAUGAAAAGAAAAGAGAAAUAACAACAACGACGAUAAAUUUUCGUUACGUCCAGAUUCAUGUAAUUUCCCGCGCAAAAACUAAAUAAUAUUUCUCCCUUUCUUCCUUAAUAAAGUAGCGUAGAGGGUGGAAAGUGACGCGCUCGUGCCUGUCAACUUUUAGUUGCACCCCAGCUGCCAAAGUGGGUGCGCCACUGCUUGUUUCCCGCGACUCGUGUCGCGUGAGGGGAGUAUCGUUCGAAACGAAAUAACUUUUUUCCAACCGGACCAGUCAUUCCAAAUGUCCGCGAAAGGCGGCUGGCGAUAGCUUCCCUUAUCAACGUGUCGUCAUCAAAAGCAAGUGCGAGGACAAAAAAAAAAAAGUAGUGCGUCGAGUGCUCGUGACACGUCGCGGUCGCGCGUCCUUGCCAAUUACCCCUACAUUGGCUCCGGAGUGGGGAUCGUACCCCCACCACUCGAUUCUACGGUGGCUAUCCCUACUCUCGAAUUCCCCUUCGCCUAGACUGGUAUGUAAGAGACCGCACAUGUUUCCCCGCGUUCCAGUCUCGCAACGGCACUCGCGAGUGACUGUUCGUGUGGAUUUUCGCGUAACUGGUUACGUGGAAUAAAACGUUUUCUCGCUCACCGAACGAAGGACGUUGCAGGGGCACGCGCGUGUGUGUGUAUAUAAACACGUGUAUAUAUAUAUAUAUGUAUAUAUAUAUAUAUAUAUAUAGAGAGAGAGAAAUAUAUAUGUAUACGCAGUGGUAUAUACCUCGAUAUAUGUAUACGCGUGUGCUGUAACUGGCGCGCGCGCGCAAACGACGAGUUCUUUCCGCACAGUGCCGCGCUUCGAAAGACCCGACACGACACAACGCGGCCGACGUUGCACCGAGCAACACACAACAGUCGCGAGCCACAGGAAAACGGAAAGUGCGCGACGAACGGAGCGAGGCGAAGAAGUCGAGGGAUUACUCCGUUUUUAUCUUUCACGUCCAACGUUCGCGUUUUUAUUCUUUUUUUACUUUUAUACACCGUACACAUACACACGUACACAAACGCGAUAAGAGAUACGGAGUAAACCGACGUAACCCAUAUUCCGACGUAACGCGAUCGCAGUGAGAAUCGUGUUGCGCGUGUGACAGCUUCAUUUCUUUUUUUCUUUCGUGAGCCAAGAGGAGCAUUUUAGUAGUGGCCAGUACCUGGUGGGAAGAGGAUUGUGGAUAACCCGUCGACAAGGAUAUCCCGGGUUUGUUACGGAACUAGUGAUCUUCCAUUGACGUCACCUCGUGCUUUCGUACCACGAACCGGAGGGACGAGAAUAGUGUUGCGCUUGGCCCGACAGAGACAAACGUAAGGAUUACUAGCAAUCUACAUUUUAUCUCGUUCCUUGGAGAAUAUCCCUGGUGCCAAAACUCCAAACCCAUGGUAUUCGUUCUCUAAAUCCACGGAUACCAUCGAGUUCGAGCGUGAGUCCCUGGCAAAUAUCACCGCAGCCAGAGCUUCGAGCCGUUGCCUAGCGGCUUUAUCCUCGAGGACCAGGCGGCGUUCGUGGCAAGACGGCCGAUCGUGCGAACGUCCUCGGUAAUAUUCCGCGGCUGCCACGACCAGCAACAGCCCGAAGAUUCUCCCAGCAAAGGCCAAAAUGCACAUCGAGGUGCAGGUGGCGCUCAACUUCGUGAUAUCGUACCUCUAUAACAAGCUGCCUCGCAGACGGGUGAACAUCUUCGGCGAGGAGCUCGAGAAAGCCCUGAAGGACAAGUUCAAGGGUCACUGGUACCCUGAGAAACCGUUCAAGGGAUCGGCGUUCAGAUGCUUGAAGACCGGAGACCCGGUGGACCCCGUGUUGGAACGCGCCGCGAAAGAGAGCGGCGUCCCGAUCCAGGACAUCCUGGAGAACCUUCCAGCAGAGCUGGCCGUCUGGGUCGACCCAGGCGAGGUGAGCUACCGCAUCGGCGAGAUGAACGCGGUGAAAAUCUUGUACUCCGAGACAGGCGACCCCCACGACGAGAGUUCGGCCGAUCGCGAGGUGACCAAGACCUUCAACCCCGAGGCCCAGUGCUUCAGGCCCAUCGAGGCCGUUGGCACGUCCUUGGGCGGGCUCAGUCUCAGUCCCAAGUCCACGUCGCCGUUCCCCAGCUCGCUUGGCAGCAACGCGAGCAACGGCUCCUCGAACAACCAGCAGAGCGGCCACGGAUCCGGUUCCUCGUCGGCGCCGUCGCCGACGCCCAUCAACAACUCGUUCAAGCGCUCGCCUAGUCCUGUCACAGUCUUCAUCCCACGCACCACCGCGCCGCUCACCUUCACCACCGCCACCUUCGCUCAGACAAAGUUCGGCAGCACCAAGCUGAAGACCAGCAGCAAACGCGCCAACAGAAUGUCCCCCACCGAGUUCUCGAACUACAUCAAGCAGCGCGCCAUGCAGCAACAGAUCCACCAUCACCAUCACCAUCAGCAGCAUCAGCAGCAACAGCAGCAGCAACAGCAGCAGCAGCAGCAACAACAGCAGCAGCAGCAGGCUGCUCCCGGUGGUUUGCCGGUCUCGCGGAGUUCCCCGCGCAGCCGCAGCCUGUCCCCGGGAAGCAUAGUCGCGGGUGCUGGGCAGCAGCACACGGAUCCGAGCGCGUACUUCUUCCAGCACGGGCCAGCCGCCUAUCAUCCUCAGUUCCCUCAUCGCAACAUCUUCGACUCGUCGAGCCACGGUGGUUACCUGUCUGCCGAUCUCUACACGGGCGCCAACUUCCCGUCGUCCUAUCUCGAUCCAGCGACGAUCGCCGGCCACCAGUUCUACGGUGGCAGCGUGAACGGCACCAGCAGCGCGGCAGGCAGCAACGGGAACUCUCACAGCGCCGGAAACCUCGGCCCCGUCGGUUCCACGGCGACGAAUAGCAACGUGAACGGCGCCGCUCAGCAGCAAGACAAGACAGCGUUGGUCGAGGGUCUGAACAACUUCGGCUUGGGCUCCGUGGCAUCGUAUUCGGCCAGCCAGUAUCAGCACCUCCUCGUGGCCAAUUAGUUCCCCGCACGGGUCGAAGCCGAGCGAGCAGCGCGGCUCGAGUCGUGCCCCAUCCUCGGUGCUGCUUUGCCAGAGAGGCGGGACAGGAGGAUCAGAGAGACGGAAACGCCCUUCCAGUCUCUCCUACGUCGAGACGUCGUCCAAAGUCUAGGUUCCGAACCCUGACACACCCGAUCCGCUUGCACCAUCCGGGGGGCUUCUCGCCUAGAGGAGGCCGUCGACUCCUGCUCAUCCUAGUUCCAGCUGUCUCUCUCUCCAGAGAGUGUAUCCAACAGUCGCCACGGUAGCUCCGAUCACCCGAACGUUUGGUCAUCGACUUCAUCGGUUUCGACGACUCCCCGUUUCGCGUUCCAUCCGUCUCGUCGUUGCGAGAGCCGGCCACGCGUAUCCGCGAUCGUGGCAGGCUGCCGAUCUAUGGACAGGCUCGCAUCGUAACACGUCCAAAAAUCGGAUGGGGAGAUAGGAGAUCGGCAACCUGCGGCCACGCGACUGCGGACGAGGAUUCGCGGGAGAGGGAAAGAAAGAGCGGGAGUGAAAGAGAGCGUGUGCCGAGGAAUGCGUGUAAAACGUUUGCGGACGAGUAGGAGCGGAGAACGAGGAAGGAGAAAUUUUUGACACGACGGGGACUCGCGAAACGCGAACCACCGACUCAACCGUAGAGCUUCGCGUGUACGCUAACGUUCCAUCAACCGAAUGAUCGACGGACCCGAUCGCGAUGGCGCCCACGGUCGCCAGGUUCGAAUGGCUGCUCCAGUUGGCUACCUUAGAUCGGCCACUCGAGACCAGUCGUUUCGGUUCAGAAAUCGAACGACGCGCACCCACACCUGGGACAGCGAAAAGGCCAAGAGAUACAUACGCAUACACACAUUCGGACAUCCCCCUACACACACACACACACAUACAUACACACGCGCGUACACAGACAUACGACACGGAAAUCACACGCAGAGACGAGAACACACUCACCGUUCACCUGGCGACGAACACAUAUAAUUAAUACGUACACACCAACCCCCUCGUGGGCCGACUAUCAUCGGGACACCAGAGGGGACGGGAGGGGUGAAAAGAACACUUUCGCGCACGACUUCACCAACACGUACACAGAUAUUACCAACGUGUAAUAAUUUAUUUUUUCACUGGUAUAGUCGGAGAAUUGAUAAUGAAUAUAUCUGUAGAGCCUAUGUAUUAUAUUCAAGAAUAAUGCACUCACUUCACGGGUUCUCGCGAAACGGUAGGAACUACUUGUGAACCCGAGCUACAGAAGCGUCGAUGAAUCGCGUUCGAGGAAUGAACGCGACGACCACUCCGUACUCUAGAGCGUUCGCGAAACAUAGGGAGGGAGAUAGAGAAAGUGAGAGAGUGAGAAGCGACUCGUUCCCUUGGAACCCAUCAGCGAACAGACCAGGACCAGCGGAGACGAACGAACAACGUCUUUCUUGAACGAUCGCGGGGGUGAGAGAGGACGAAAGCACUGCUGUCCAAGCUCUGCUCCGACCCCCCGGGUGAUUUCUUUGUCGAUCGAAUCGCAGACGAUACACGCAGUUCCAUACCGUUUGGAAAACUCGUCCUCGGUACGAUUUUACAUUUUAUUUUUAUAAUAAAUGCAGUAGAGAGUAGGGGAGAAAACACGGGGGAGGAGGGAGUAGAAAGGAAAAGAGAAUGGCGGUGUGUUCGUAGGAACGAGAGCUGGCUGCGUUGCGGGUCCUCCGAAUCAAGGUUUAACAGAAUUUUGAUGAACGGCCCGAUCAUCCGACGCGUCUUUCCGAGAGUCGCUUUGAACGAUGGUAGACAAUUUUGCGUAUUAUUCGUUGCUUAAGUUAUACGAGAAUAUAGUCUAUUUUACGGUGUACGAAACUGUAAUCCUUUACAUUUUGUAAUAUUAUAAUAGUUUACUUUAUAUUUAAAUUCUUAGUUUUAUAUUUAAUUCUAAGACUUAACGUAAGAGACGUUUUUUAUCUACUCGUGAAAUUGAAACACAAUUGUCCAUACCUUUUCGAAGACUCAAUCGCUACGCGUCGAUCUCACUUUUGAAUCUUUUAUUGCGUUAUCGUGCGUAAGAUAGCGAUUACGAUGUUGCCAAUAACGAUACACUCGGAGUACACGGCUUACUAAAAACUAGGAAACGUAAAGCUUUCGUCGGACUAUUAACGAAACAAAUCGAGAACGUCGGUGACCGGGUUAGCGUCGAAAUUUCGCAUCCGAAUGAGUAUUUCGCGCAUUUUUUGGAUAUCUUUUGAUCCAGAGCUAAUCCCCUGGCUGAACGUUUUCUUUCGACGCGGGUUCAUGGGGCGUCGCGACGACUCUCUCGAGUACUCCAGCUAUCGGACAACGCACCCUCUGCUCGUCCAAGUUCGCGACACCAAGCCGGUGGGUGAGAGUUUCCGAACUUUCCUAAUUCCCGUGCUAUCGAACAAGCUCUUCGGUUUCUCGCUAGCCCAUCGAUCCUUGGGCUUGGUCGAGGCUGCCUGUCCGAAGUUAGGCGCCGCUUCGUCCGCGCGUACGUGCGCGACGCCUCGAGAUCGUAGGUACCAUCCACACCGCAGAACCGAGGAGAAUGUCCCUGUAUUCUCCAAAAUCGUUGAUCAGAAUUUUCG